AUGCAAGAAGAGAUUGCUAAUAAGUGGAGGAAAUUGAACCCUAAAGUGAAGGCAAUAUAUGGUUCUGCCUUGGAAGGUUCGAGUGGGCAACGGUUAGCAAUUAAUGAUAUUGGGUUCAAUCCUGAUACGUCUUCUAUAGAACUGCACGACAAUGUGUUUGGAAUAAAUGCCGUUGAGUUUGGGCGUGUUAUGGGUCUUAAGAACACCGGCGAGGAUGUUGAACUCGACUCGCCGAUAGAAGAUGAAAAGGUGAAACAGUUAGUAAAGAGUUUCUGUGGAAAUGGCAAGAGAGUAUUAGUAAGGGGUUUAGCUGAACAAUUGGAAAUGUGUGAAAAUGUGGAUGAGGACUUUAAAGUUUGA